GAAUCUCACAGUCUGCCAUGCCAGGGGUGCCUAUGGAGCCAACACUAACACCACAAACUCCGAUCGUCAAAGAUGAACUUGAUGAACUUGAUGAAGUGUCCAGCGAUGACGAUGUCGCGGAUUCGUACAAGCCACGACCGCAAUUGAGCCAGCCUGCGGUGCUGAUGAGGUCGCUGGCCUACCUUGUCAAGGGACUUGAAGAUGGCAUCAUUGACGUCGAUCCCGACUAUCAAAGAGAAGUGGUAUGGACAGCUGAUCGGAUGACUGGCCUUGUCAACUCUUUAAUGGAGAAUUACUAUAUCCCGCCUAUCAUCCUCAACAAGAAAACCCUUACGAGCCGAGAUGGCAAAACUAGCCACUCAAUGGUAUGCGUGGACGGCAAGCAGAGACUCUCCUCUGUGCGCGCCUUCAUCAAAGGGAUGAUUCCCUGCCACGAUUACCGCGGGGAGAAAUGGUGGUUCUGUAAUACAUCCAACCGUCCUAGGAAGGUGCUUUCAGAAACAGCCCAGAGACAGUUUCUUAGCAAAGAGUUUGUGUCUUUCGAGUUUAAGGACCUGUCACGAGGCCAGGAAGAAGACCUCUUUGCGCGAGUACAGAUGGGGCUGCAGCUCAGCGCAGCCGAGAAGAUACGAGCAGCAUCUGGUCCCUGGCAGGAGCUGGCCAAAACUUUCGUGGAAGAUUUCCCUGACAUCUUCUCCCUGUUGAAAGAUUGCUCACGCGCGAAAGACUUCCAGAUGGCGUUAAGUUGUUUCAGUCAGAUUCUUGAGGUGGAACACCCUGCGGCUGCCAGCGGAGUUCCCUCCCUCAAGUCCAAGAUCAACAAUAUCCAGAAACUCGUUGAGAACAAAAAUGCCUUGGAUGACGGAACGAGAUCGCACCUUGCCGCUGUGUUCAGGAAGUUCAACGAGCUCAUCAAUCUGGAUCCUGAAGUUUUCCGAAACGUCGAAAGGAAGCUCAAAGGGGUACAGACCUUUGCACCAAUAGAGAUGGUGGCCAUCGCUGUCUUGAUCUCAAUGUAUUCUGAUGAGCGCAAUGACAGGCUGCUUAUUGGGGACAUCAAAUAUCUCCGGAACCUGCUCCGCGAGAAUUUCACUGAUUUGCGCAUGAAUGAUUCCAUAUGGAGGUUCAUAUGGGAUUACAUAGACGACCUGGAACUACACAGAGGCGCAGUGGAUGGCACCACCGUCGCUCCAAGGGAGUCAAGGUCAGCUCCAAAGGAGUCCAGAGCAGCGUUGAAAGAGUCCAGAGCAGCGCCAAAGGCAUCAAAACCGGCGAAAUCAACCCCGUCAACUGCACAAUCCACACAAAUCGGUCCUCAAACUAGCACCUCAAAAAGACCAUCGGACGGGGCUCUGCUUUCUGAGCAACGCAAAAAAGUACGUAACGCCGCAGGUCCGAAGAGCGUAGUGGUGAAAUCCGAGCCGGAAGACAGUGCGAUAAUUCCAGUCCUGCCUCCGUUUCCAUUUGCAGAUACAACUGCUGCGCAAGACACCGAAUCACCAGAGAGCCUAGUGCACAAUGGCAACCAUGGAGGAUAUGGAGCCAGUCGCCGGCAAUUGGGCCAACCACCCUCGGUUCCAUCGGGCAAUGGUGGUACUUCGACGAGGGAUAGGUGGCCCACUACUCGUUUUUACCCAUCUCAGGAUGUCGCCACACAGCUCCAAAACCAUGCGAUGCAUACCGCCGCGCUUACAGCUGGUCUGCCAACGUCACCCUCGGCCAGACUUCUGAGUUUAGUUACGCAACCGCCACCGGCACCCAUGAUGCUUCCCUAUCAUAGUUCAACGGCACCACAGCACUCGUUCCGCCCAGCCCUCCAACACCGUAAGCAGGACAAGCACAAGCAGCCUGAAUUCCAACCCCCAGUAGCCGAGUUUCCACGUCGGCAGAGCUCGGUAACCGUUCCACAGGAUGAUGGCACCGUUGAUCUUACAAGCGACACGGAGCUGGAACGUCAGGACCUGCUGUCGUCAUUUCGAUCUCGUGCGACCAACGAGCGUGCAACCACGCAAGUUCGUACUCGUCAGCCUCAACAGCAGGCGGUGCAACGGCAGAAGGGAUUUCCAAACGAUCCUAGCAGACGCUCAGUCGUGAUUGACUGAGAUCUCCUUCUUAUUCGGCUUGGGUGCAGUCAGCAAUGCUCAGUUUGGGAGAGCGAUCCGGUAUUGAACUCCCUUUUUUCCAUAUAUGCCCUUCCAACGACUUCGACGAUAAGUAUUCUUUGCGUUUGCGCGCGUAGUAUAGAUUUCCUUUAGCAGUAUUCAUAGUUCAGCAUUUAUCAUUGACACACGAG